AUGCUAACACUUAAAGUAAAUAAUUCACCCCAUCCUAUUUUAUUAGCUUUGUCUAUGGAUGAAAUGGCUAUAASACAACACCUGGAAUUUGAUGGUACUAAGUAUUAUGGAAGGGUGGAUAUGGGAAAUCAUAUGGAUGAUGAUAGUUUAAACACAGCUAAACAAUGUUUAGUUUUUAUGGCAGUCUCGGUAAAUGAGAAUUGGAASUUACCAAUUGGUUAUUUUGUAGUGGAUGCUUUAAAAAGAGCACAAAAAGUUGAACUAGUUCGCCACGCAUUAAAUGUAUUGAACAGCACUGGUGUAAAAGUCUUGAGCUUAACAUUUGAUGGUUGUUAUAGUAAUAUUAGUGCAGCUCAACUUUUAGGUUGUAAUUAUGUUUUGAGUGCAUUUUCUUCUGGCUUUGAAAGUAAUCCAAAAAUUGUAACMCUUUUUGACCCUGCAUAUAUGAUCAAAUUGGUUCGUAAUGCUUUUGGUGAAAAGAAGGUCUUUAGAGAUAAUGAAAGUAAAACUUGCAACCCAAUUAUACUUAGUCAGUCAGUAGCAGAUGCAUUGACAUUUUGCAAAGAUAGCCUCAAACUAAAAGAGUUUUCUAAUGCAGGUGCUACCAUACAAUUUAUCGAACUCUUUAAUACUGGAUUUGACAUAUUAAACUCAAAAUCUAUCAACUGUGUAGGAUUUAAAAAAGCACUUUGUGAAGAAAACAUUCUAGAAGUUAGAUUGUUCACAGAAAAAGUGACAACGUAUAUUAAAGGUCUUAAAAUUCAAGAUAGACCAAGAGUUUUUACACCCGUACUUGAAUCACAACGAAAUAUUGGGUUUCUUGGAUUUAUAGUCAGUUUAAAUAGUUGCAGUUUUGAUCCAAUUGAUGAAGAAAAUGAACAAGAUAUUUCUGCAUUUAUAAUGGACCAUGAUUAUAUUGGAAAUCACAGAUUUGUAGUUCAUAAAUUGACCAAUGUACUAAAAUGUGAUGUUUGUAAACAUGCAUUGUGUGCUGCCGAAAAAGAAUGUUUUUUAAAUUCGUUGAUAACAUUAAAAAAUAAGAGAGGCAUUCAUGGUGGACUUAUUUUUCCAAGUGAAGAUGUCAUAGAUGUUUGUUUCAUUACAGAAAACAUUUUGAGAACAUAUGAUUAUACUUCUAAAGCUGAUUAA